AUGGAGUCUGCCAGAGAGAAAUACAUGCUCACCGUGAGUGCCAAACAAUUUUGGGAAUUGAACAUAUGUGUAAGUUGCACAAAGCCUUUGGACUCUACGUCAAAAUUGUUGAGUUGCCUUCAUGGCGUAUGCAAUCAAUGUAUUGAUUUAGAGAAAUCAGGUAAUUUCGUAUGCGAUUGUGGAGUGGUUUCUGGCAUUUCAAACAGACUUAUAAAUUAUACAUUAUUUUGUGAACAGUUUGAUGAAAGUAUAUUAAGAAAUAAUUACAUGGAAGAAAAAUACCAAAAAGAGAAAUAUGGUCAAUACAUAACGAAAGCCCCAUGUCCAAAUUGUGAUGAUAAAUACAUUGAGGCAUAUUGUACUAUAUGCAAUGAAUUGCAUUGUGCACUGUGCCAAUUAGUGGGACAUAGAUCUCACCAUUGUAAAACAUUAGGCAGAGUUAUGGCGGAGAUCCGUUUAAAUUUAAUGAAAAAAAAUGUUGAUUUAUGUGAAAAAUUAAAUUUUGCUAAUCAAGUAAAAUCAUGCAUAAAAUCAAAUAUAAAUAGAACACGGAAUGGUGAAAUAAAAAAGGAAUACAAAAAAAAAUGA